AUGUUAAGACAAGUUGCCAGAACCUCGUCCGUGGUCAAGAGAUUGGCCCCUGCUGCCCUCAGAGUAGCACCUGUGUCCAGUUCCAGUACUUCUAACUCUGCUAAUGCUGCAGCUCGCUCAUACUCUACCAGAUCCACUGUGGUGCAGUUAUUGAACAACAUUGGUUCCAAAAGGGAAGUCGAACAGUACUUGAAGUACUUCACUUCUGUUUCACAACAGCAGUUCGCUGUCAUCAAGGUAGGAGGAGCUAUCAUCACCCAACAAUUGCCAGAAUUGGCAUCGUGCUUGGCCUUCUUGUAUCACGUUGGUCUUUACCCAAUUGUGUUGCACGGAACUGGUCCUCAGAUCAACGAGUUGUUGGAAAACGAAGGUGUUGAGCCAGAAUACAUUGACGGAAUCAGAAUCACAAACCCUAAGACUAUGGAAGUAGUCAGAAAGUGUUUCUUGGAACAAAACUUAAGAUUGGUGACAGCUUUGGAAAAGAUGGGUGUUCAUGCCAGACCCAUCACUGCCGGUGUUUUUGGUGCCGAAUACUUGGAUCAAGACAAGUACCAGUUGGUUGGAAAGGUUAAUUCUGUCAACAAGUCUCCUAUCGAAGCUGCUAUUGAAGCCGGAUACUUGCCCAUUCUUACUUCUUUAGCUGAAACACCAUCUGGACAGUUGUUGAACGUCAAUGCUGAUGUUGCUGCUGGAGAAUUGGCUAGAGAAUUCGAGCCUUUGAAAAUCGUCUACUUGAACGAAAAAGGUGGUAUCAUAAACGGUAACACUGGAGAAAAGGUUUCUGCCAUCAACUUGGACGAAGAGUAUGAAGACUUGAUGAAGGAAUCGUGGGUCAAGUACGGUACCAAAUUGAAGAUCAAAGAAAUUCACGACUUGUUGCAACACUUGCCUAGAUCAUCUUCUGUUGCUAUUAUCGAUGUUAACGACUUGCAAAAGGAACUUUUCACCGAUUCUGGUGCAGGUACUUUGAUCAGAAGAGGUUACAAGUUGAUCAACCGUAACUCGUUGAAGGAGUUCGGCAAUCCAGACUUGUUGAGAAAUGCCUUGUUGAGAGAUCCAGAAAUCAAGACGGGCAAGUUAUCAGUUGCUUCGUACUUGAAGUUCUUAGAAUCCGUCAAAUUCAAGAGUUACGGCGACGAGCCCUUGGAGGUGUUGGCUAUCGUUUUGGAAGAAGCCAACAAGAUUCCAAAGUUAGACAAGUUCUUGUCCUCCAAGACUGGAUGGUUGAACAACGUCACUGACAACAUCUUUAACUCUAUUAAAAAGGACUUUUCAUCAUUAUGCUGGAUCGUAAAUGAAAAUGACUCUAACCUCGCCUGGUACUUCACCAAGUCCGACGGUUCUUUCGCCAAGAACGGUGAAAUCUUGUUCUGGUACGGUUUGAAGACCGAAGAAGUAUCUGAAUUGAUCAAAGAGUUCGACUCUUCCAAUAUUGGCUCUGCUUUGUCAUCUUCUAAGGAAUCUGGUGUUUUCUCUUCUCCAACGCAAAAGAGAGGUUUCCAUACCACUAAAGUCAGAAACUACUCAAACCCAAACCCUCCAUUACGUAAAGGUACAAACACAGAAAAGGCUAAGGUUGCUCUUAUCGGUGCUAGAGGUUACACUGGACAAAAUUUGAUCUCUUUGAUUGACAGACACCCUCAUCUUGAAAUCUCGCAUGUUUCUUCUCGUGAAUUGGCUGGUCAAAAGUUGCAAGGUUAUAACAAGGACAACAUCGUCUACUCAAACUUACAAGUUGAAGACAUCAAGAAGUUAGAAGAAAAUGGCGAAAUCGACGUCUGGGUCAUGGCCUUGCCAAACGGUGUCUGUAAACCAUUUGUCGACGCUAUUGAGUCAGUUGAAAACUCCAAGUCCAAGAUUGUCGAUUUAUCUGCUGACUAUAGAUUUGACACUACUGGUGAAUGGAUCUACGGUUUGCCUGAAUUGAACGAUCGUCAAACUAUCUCCAACGCAAAGAAAAUCUCCAACCCUGGUUGUUACGCUACUGCUGCUCAAUUGGCCAUUGCUCCAUUGAAGGAAUACAUCGAUGGUCUCCCUACCACUUUUGGUGUCUCUGGUUACUCUGGUGCUGGUACUAAGCCAUCUCCUAAGAACGACGUCAAAUUCUUGGAAAACAACUUGAUUCCAUACUCGUUGACCGACCACAUCCAUGAAAAGGAAAUCAGCUCGCAAUUGGGUCUCCAGGUUGCUUUCUUGCCCCACGUUGCUCAAUGGUUCCAGGGUAUUUCACACACCGUUUCUAUUCCUAUCAAGAAGGGCUCAUUGACUUCCAGAGAAAUCAGAAACAUCUACCAGGACAGAUACCAGGGAGAACAGUUGAUCACUAUCAGCGGAGAAGCUCCAUUGGUGAGAGACAUCAGCGGAAAGCACGGUGUCGUUGUUGGUGGCUUCGCCGUCAACUCCCAGCAAGACAGAGUUGUCAUUGUGGCCACAAUCGAUAACUUGUUGAAGGGUGCUGCUACACAAUGUUUGCAGAACAUCAACUUGAUCUUGGGAUACGGUGAAUACGAGGGUAUUCCAGAUGACGUAGUCAUCAGAGGUUAG